AUGAACUCCUUCUCAGUGUUCUUAGUGUUCGCUCUGGCCGCUCUGGCUGCAGCGGAGCCGCCAUCCGGCUAUAACUAUCCCCGAGGAGGGGGUGGUGGUGGCGGAUUCGGAGGCGGCUUUGGAGGUGGCUCCUCGUUUGGAGGUGGCUCCUCCUUUGGCGGCGGCGGCGGUGGCGGCUACCAGGCCGUGAGCGGUGGCUUCCAGACCUCCGAGGGCCAGAACGUGGAUCCCCAGCUGCUGGAGCAGGUGCGUCAGAUCCUGCUCAACGAGGAGAGCAAGCAGGGAGGCGGCGGCGGCGGUGGUGGUGGUGGUGGCGGCGGCGGCUACCCCAGUGGUCCCUCUACCAGCUACGGACCACCGUCCACUAGCUACGGAGCACCCGGCAUCGGAGGCGGCGGUGGCCGUGUCGUCGGCAUUGAUCUGGAGGGCGUCCGCCAGGCCAUCCAGGUGGCCCAGUUCGCCCAGCAGAGCUCACAGCAGGGUGGCAACGGCGGCGGAUAUCCCAGUGCCCCGUCCGGCUCCUAUGGAGCACCCUCGAGGCCCAGCGGCAGCUACGGAGCGCCCUUCUAAGAUCCCCGUCAAACUCUAAAAGGUCUCAUCACUUCACUGCCAAAAAUGAACUGCCGAUGGAAUGGACGAAGACAUGCAACCCGACCAAGAAGACACUAUAAAGAUUUGGGUAUCCUGGAUCGAUCGCCCACAGAUCGUUUCUUUCCCCCUCGAAAACGAAAAAACAACAAAAUCUUUCCUUCCCAAACACUCAGCGACUGUAACUCUCAGUUCCCCCGAAAGAUCCCAACUCCCCCAUGUUUCCAACUCAAAAAACUCCAAACUUAAUCUCGAAUCUCGGCAUCUCGUCAAUGCGAGGACAUUCGGGGCUUUGUUUUGGACUUUUUCUCAUGUUUUGUAACACCUUUGUACAUAGUUCUUUCACACUGAAAAAAAACCAACACAAAAACUGAAAAAGCCACACAAAAACAAAACACAAGAUGGAAAAACACACAACAGAACACCCCAGACAGUGUUAUAACGCAUUAUU